AUGAUUGUAUCAAAGGUACCCCAGCCCUUCAUCAGGGACAUUAUCCGGUACCAGUGCCUGCCAGGGUUCACCCUGUUGGGCUCGGAUAUCCUGACGUGCAGGCUGGGGGAGAGGCUCCAGAUGGACGGCCCUCCACCUCUCUGCCAAGUACAAUGUCCUGCUAACGAGGUCCGCUUCGACUCCACGGGGGUGAUCCUGAGUCCCGGCUACCCAGACAGUUACCACAACCUCCAGACGUGUUCCUGGCUCAUCAACGUAGAGAAGGGCUACAACGUCACCCUCCACUUCCAGCUCUUCCAGACAGAGAAGGAGUUUGACAUCCUGGAGAUAUUUGACGGUCCUAACAUCUACAGCCAGAGCCUGGCGUCACUCAGCGGUGACAUCACCACGCCCUUUAACCUCACGACCUCUGGUCAUCAGUUGCUUCUGCGUUGGUCGUCUGACCACGGCACCAACAGGAAGGGCUUCCACGUCAGAUAUGUGGCGAUGUACUGCAGUACUCCAGACUCCCCCCAGCAGGGUUUUGUUGUGAGCCAGACAGGAGGGCAUCUCAACAGUGUGGUGCGUUGGGGCUGUGACCGGGGCUACCGGCUCAUUGGAAAGGCCACAGCUGUCUGUAAGAAGACGGCCUUUGGGUAUUAUACCUGGGACUCAACGGUACCUGCAUGUCAAGCCGUGGCGUGUGGCGUGCCCACAGCGCCGCUGAAUGGAGGCGUCCAGGCUGUUGAUUACUCCGUGGCAGCACGAUUAACCUACUUCUGCAACAACGGCUUCAGGCUCUCCUCCAAGGAUCUCACCGCCACCGUCUGCCAGCCUGACGGCACAUGGAGCAACCACAACAAGAUACCUCGCUGCCCAGUGGUGGUCUGCCCCAGUCUGGGUUCCUUCUCUCUGGACCACGGGAAGUGGACGAUCGUCAACGGGUCCAGCUAUGAGUUCAGAACCAAGGUGGUCUUCAGCUGUAACCCGGGUUACUACCGGCUCGGUCCCGCCCACAUCCAGUGCCUGGCCAAUGGGGCGUGGAGCUGGCGGAACGAACGACCUCGAUGCAGAAUCAUUUCCUGUGGAGAGCUGCCCACUCCUCCUAAUGGGAGAAAGAUUGGAACUCAGACUACCUUUGGAGCCUCUGCCAUCUUCAGCUGCAACCCUGGAUACAUCCUGGUGGGCGCCACCGUGAGGGAGUGCAUGCUGUCAGGACUGUGGAGCGGCACAGAGACUCAAUGCCUGGCUGGUCACUGCGGUAUCCCGGAGCAGAUUGUGAACGGUCAGGCGAUAGGGGAGAACUUCGGAUACAGAGACACCGUGGUCUACCAGUGUAACCCAGGCUUCAGACUCAUAGGAUCCUCGGUCCGCAUCUGCCAGCAGGAUCACCUCUGGUCCGGACAGCUGCCGCUGUGUGUCUCAAUCACAUGUGGCCAUCCAGGCAGUCCCAUCUAUGGGAGAACUACAGGGGACGGAUUCAACUACAACGAUGUGGUCAGCUUCUUCUGUAACCAAGGUUACGUACUGGAGGGAGUGUCCAGAGCCCAGUGCCAGGCGAGUCGCCAGUGGAGUCAACAGCCACCUUCAUGUAGAGUGGUGAACUGCACAGACCCUGGCAUCCCGGCUAACUCCAUCAGGGAGAGUAAGAUAGAGCACGGUAACUUCACCCUGGGCAGUGUGGUGUUCUACACCUGUAACCCUGGAUACUACCUGUUCGGUUCCUCUGCACUGACCUGUCAACCUAUUGGCCACUGGGACAAACCUCUACCUGAAUGUCUUGAGGAGGACUGUGGGAACCCUGGCUCUCCUCCCUACGGUACCAUGGUUGGGGACAAGUUCUCGUUUGGCUCCACGGUGCAGUACUCCUGUUCAGGGGACAGAGAGCUGAUUGGAGAGUCAUCACUCACCUGUCAAAUCAAUGGACACUGGAGUGGACCCAUACCUCACUGUUCAGGAGACUCUUUAGGCAGCUGUGGGGACCCUGGUACACCCGUCCAUGCAAGCAGAGAGGCCAGCAACUUCCAUCUGCGUAGUAAAGUCCGCUUCACCUGCGCUGUGGGCCACACACUGUACGGCUCAGCUGAGAGGAUCUGCUUUCCCAAUGGGACCUGGUCUGGGAGACAGCCCUUCUGCAAACCGGUGCACUGUGGUAACCCGGGGACACCUGCUCACGGCCGUAUUUUCCGGGUCGACGGUACGACCUUCACCCACUCUGUAGUCUACUCCUGUAUGGAUGGAUACCUCCUCUCAGGCACGCCCACCAGACACUGUCUGGCCAACGGCACCUGGUCUGGCACCGCUUCUAACUGCACCAUGAUCAGCUGCGUUGACCCAGGUGUUCCUCCUAAUGGUCUGAGGUUUGGAGAGGACUUCACUGUGGGCCACAACGUCACCUUCAUGUGCCAGCCUGGCUACCUGAUAGAGGCAGGCGGGGCCACAACUCGCACCUGUACCCACAAUGGCACCUGGAGCGCCACCACGCCCAUCUGCAAAGUGGUGACCUGCCCUCCGCCUCCUCCCGUCCACAACGGGCUCCUGGAGGGCUCCGUGUUUGAGUGGGGUACCAGCGUGAGCUACAGCUGCCUGCCCGGGUACGAGCUCUCCUUCCCAGCUAUCCUCACCUGUGUGGGUCUGGGCUCCUGGAGAGGAGAUCUGCCUCAGUGUCUGCCCCAUUCGUGUAAGCAGCCCAAGUCCCCUCCCAAUGCAGACGUAGUUGGGAUGGAGCUGGCUCCGUAUGGCUACACCCUGCUCUACUCCUGCCAGCCUGGCUUCAUCCUGUCUGGGGGGUCAGAACACAGGGUCUGCAGCUGUAGCGCCUCCUAUGUCCUGGUGGGGUCAACUACACGCAUCUGUCAGAACGACAGCACCUGGAGCGGCACUCAGCCACAUUCUAUAGAACCAUCCAGGACGACCUGUGAGAACCCAGGAACACCUGAAUACGGCUCCAUGAACAUCAGCCUGGGGUUCAAGGUGGGCAGUAAGGUGGAGUUCCAGUGCCAGCAGGGCCACCUACUCCAGGGUUCCACCACCCGACUCUGCCUGUCUGACCUCACCUGGAGCGGCUCUCAGCCAACAUGCAUCCCCCAUUUGUGUAAGCAGCCCAAGUCUCCUCCCAAUGCAGACGUGGUGGGGAUGGAGCUGGCUCCGUAUGGCUACACCCUGCUCUACUCCUGCCAGCCUGGCUUCAUCCUGUCUGGGGGGUCAGAACACAGGGUCUGCAGGUCUGAUGGAAGCUGGACCGGUAAGGUCCCCAUCUGCAGAGUGGGCUCCAAACAGACGGAGAAACCUACCGCAACCUUACAGGGAACGCCAAGCCCCAACAUACACGUCCCUGAUGACGUCUUCGCCCCUCAUUUCAUCUGGAGAGGCUCCUAUGAUUAUAAGAGUCAGAAACAUCCGAUGACUUUGACCGUCACUCGUUUUAAUAGCAGCACGGGAAUAGUGAACGCGACGCUAAACGACAGCAACGUGGAAUUCCUGCUCUCUGGAGUGUAUAAGAACCGCGAGGCCAGGUUAAUGCUCCUGCUGUACCACAUGAAAGCCCUGGCCCACAGCACGUAUAGCCGGGUUACCGAGGAGACCUGGGCUAUGGAUGGUUUUGUCUCAGCUGAACCUGACGGGGGCAGUUAUGUAUUCCAAGGCUUCAUCCAGGGGAAAGACUAUGGACAGUUCGGGCUGCAGAGACUAGGUAUGAAGGUGAGAGAGAUCAACAUCACCACUGCAGGUCCUCCCCAUGUCUCCAACAGCAGCUCUAUGGUCAUAGCCAUCCUGGUACCUUUCUUUGGCCUCGUGUUGGCAGGCCUGGGAUUCUAUCUCUAUAAACAACGGAAAACAGAUCAGACCCAGUACACCGGCUGUUCAGUCCACGAGAACAACAACGGCCAGGCGACGUAUGAGAACCCCAUGUACGACACCAACACCAAGUCUGCGGAGGGGAAAGUGGUUCGCUUCGACCCCAACCUCAACACCGUAUGCACUGUGGUUUGAAGAUGUGUGUGUGUGUGCCAAAGGCACCGGGGUUUGACGAUGCUUUUGCCGAACAGGAAAGCUUGUUCAGAAAUGCAGCACUGGUUUGAUGCUACACUGCACUGUGGUUUAUUGAUGCUGUCUGACGAACGGAAUUUGCCCGAGAGUUCUUUUGGUUUUAAAAAAAAAAUGGAUGUCUUGUCUUUUAUAAUAUCUCUUUGCAACGAGUUUCUGAAGACGGCACAGCACAGCCUCGGGAAACAGGAAGGCAAAGCACACCUUCAGGAACAACAGUUGUGUGUGUUGUGGAUGAUGGACGGGGUGAGUCAGCAAGCAGAAUGAGACGGUCCUCUUUUUAAAAUACAUCUUCUCCUGAUUGGUGAAGUUAUUCCUACCUGCACUCUGAGAGUGUUGCUAUGUGAAUAAUGCUGUUCCCGACAUGUUGGUACACAAGAGUCGUUUACGCUCCAGUCAACGCAAACAAUGGAGCGUCGUUAUGGCAACAGUCAACGCAAACAAUGGAGCGUCGUUAAGGCUCCAGUCAACGCAAACAAUGGAGCGUUGUUAAGGCAACAGUCAACGCAAACAAUGGAGCGUCGUUAAGGCUCCAGUCAACGCAAACAAUGGAGCGUCGUUAAGGCAACAGUCAACGCAAACAAUGGAGCGUCGUUAAGGCUCCAGUCAACGCAAACAAUGGAGCGUCGUUAUGGCAACAGUCAACGCAAACAAUGGAGCGUCGUUAAGGCUCCAGUCAACGCAAACAAUGGAGCGUCGUUAUGGCAACAGUCAACGCAAACAAUGGAGCGUCGUUAAGGCUCCAGUCAACGCAAACAAUGGAGCGUCGUUAAGGCAACAGUCAACGCAAACAAUGGAGCGUCGUUAAGGCAACCAAAUGGAACCCUAGUCUUUUCCGGGUGGAAGUUAUCAGACCUGGGUUCAAAUAUUAUUCAAAUUCCUUUAGCCUUUGCUCUAGUCUGCCCCAGAGGAGUGGAGGGGGGUUGUCCUUUUGCGAUUAUUCUAUUUGGUUCAAUUGCGACAAGUAAGCUCAAUAAAUCCCAAAUACUGUCAAAUAUUUUAAAUGAUAUCGAUCGAUUGAUUUGAUUUUAUAGGACAUAUUUAAAAUACAUAUAGAGUUGACUCAUUCGUCUGAUCACAACGAUACAAUACAAAUGUAUCAAAUCUUACUAGAACCCAGGUCUGUCUGCUAGUUCCCCCCAGUAGUCGUAGUAGUAGUAGUAUAUAUCCACUCUCUCUGCAUGGCUCGGUUGAAAUUCCUCUGGAUCUGAUUUAAGAACGUGUCUCAGACUUAAGGCCUCAAUCAGAUCAAGCAUUAUCCGGCGAUACCAGACACCCACGUAGCGGAUGUUUUAGCGAUGUCGGAGGUUGGAGCUGUCAAAUCGCCGAGCAGCUGCUCUCGUGAUCAUUGUCCUCGAAGCUACACCCCGCCCCCCUCCCCCAACUCGCGUUAGAAAUUCUGACCUUGAAAGUGUAGGUUAUUUUGAAAAUGAUUAAAAAUCAUCAAAAACUAAUAAAUAAUGAGGAUUUCUAUCAGCCUUUAUCGAGGUGUAAAUUAUAUCUUACAUUUCAGUGUUCAAACUUGUAAACAAGACUGAUUUGGAUAUCUCUUAAUGAGACUCUGUGCAGCCAAUGACAAGGUGUACUGCCGGGAGCCGCUUGUGGCUUUGACAGCUCCAAAACAGUUCCACCUCCGUCACGUCAAAACAUCAGCUCCGCGGAUGUUGGCUAAAGCGAAUCUAAUUUGAUCCAUAAAAGUUCCUCUCAGCGUGAGUCGAUCAAAGUGAUCUGCUGUCUCGUUCUUUACCCACACUGUGUGAUGUCAGAGAGAGAGCGAGAGAGAGACAGGGAAACCAGAAAGGCUGUUUCGUUCUUUGAAUACUGUCAGUGUAUGUAAUAUCAAUGUACUGGAUGCACUCAACACCAAUGAUACUUAAGAUUGGAUGUGUCAUGUGUUUACCCUGACUGAGAACUGAAGGAUGUAUCAUGUGUUUACCCUGACUGAGAACUGAAGGAUGUAUCAUGUGUUUACCCUGACUGAGAACUGAAGGAUGUAUCAUGUGUUUACCCUGACUGAGAACUGAAGGAUGUAUCAUGUGUUUACCCUGACUGAGAACUGAAGGAUGUAUCAUGUGUUUACCCUGACUGAGAACUGAAGGAUGUAUCAUGUGACUGAGAACUGAAGGACUUACGUGUCUACCCUGACUGAGAACUGAAGGAUGUAUCAUGUGUUUACCCUGACUGAGAACUGAAGGAUGUAUCAUGUGUUUACCCUGACUGAGAACUGAAGGAUGUAUCAUGUGUUUACCCUGACUGAGAACUGAAGGAUGUGUCAUGUGACUGAGAACUGAAGGAUGUGUCAUGUGUCUACCCUGACUCAGAACUUAAGGACUUAUGUGUCUACCCUGACUGAGAAUUUAAGGAGAAAUGUUAUCAUCAAAGUACAGUAUUUUCUUUGUGUGAUGGAGAGAACAUGAAUUUCCUUUUUUCUGAGUUGAGUUAUUUUGUUUUGGAGGAGGGGGGGAGUGGUUGAGAUAGGUGUGUAUCCUCUAGCCAAUGAGUCUGAGAGAGUUACUACACAUACUGUAGAUGUUGACUGGAAUAAAUGGGUGCUUGUUUUUCCUGUAACAGUACAGUCACACUGGGACGUUGAUGUACUGUAUUUUCUGUGGGCCUUCCUCAUGUUGAAGAGACGUGCUGAACGCAGCUCGUACCUCUGCAUGUCUGCCAAAGAGGAGCACGUCGUCGUAUUGCCUCGCUGCUGUAGAUGCCUCUACCAUGUCUAUCUUAUCUUGUCAUUACACUAACAUUUGGUUGUGGUUGUUGUUGUUGUUUUUUUGUACAUUUAUACAGUUUUGAUACUUGAUGGCAUUCUCUUUGGCAAAUGUCUUUUGUUUUAUCAAUAUGUCAUAUCACAAUCUCACAUUUCUUAUUGACAACAAUGAAAAGAAAUCAUCUGGUCUAUAUUGAAACUUUUGUCUUAAAGUCGAAGACUUCAAACAAGUUUAGAAUGCAAUUGAGUGUACAAAUUGGUAACUAGUUUAGAAGGCAAUUCAGUGUACAAAUCAGUAGCUAGUUUAGAAUGCAAUUCACUGUACAAAUCAGUAGCUAGUUUCGAAUGCAAUUCACUGUACAAAUCAGUAGCUAGUUUCGAAUGCAAUUCACUGUACAAAUCAGUAGCUAGUUUCGAAUGCAAUUCACUGUAUAAAGCAGAAGUACUCCUAAUAUAAAUCAAAUUCAGAGCCAAUGUAGAUGUAUAUAUAUAUAUUCAAACCUUUCAUAAAGAGAUAUAUUUUUAUGCAAUUAAAGCAUUUGUAAGUUAUUAAAUAUGUUGUGUACAUUUUCAUAUGUAAAUGUCAUGUAAGAUUUAAAAAACAAACAAAACUGUUUUGUAUUUUUUUCUUUAUUGCCAGUG